AUGUUUAGUUUUUUCAUAUUAACCAUUUUUACAACAGGUUUGGUUACUUCAAUCAAGCAAUCUGAGUUGAAUUUUGGCUAUAAAGAUGUAGCAUGCAAUCUAUUAGAAUUGGCACAAGAGAAAAGUUUACAAAUUAUGAAGGAAGAACAAUUUACCAAAAAUAUCAUUGAAUAUAUAUUGUCAAUAACAUGUGAAAAUAUAAAUGAUUUAAAUAAAAAACAUCAGUGCAAACAUUCAAUGGCUAGAGAAACAAAAAUACUCCUAAAAGAUUUCACUGAAUUCAUCGAAUCCAAUCGUUUCAAAACAGUAAUGAAUUGGUGUCAAUCCACAUUAGAAGCACCUCAACAUAGUAAUUCUACCUUUUUGUGUUCAACAUGUGAAAUGAUUGUAUCAUAUUUGAAAACUUUCAGUAAAUCUGAAGAAGCAAAAUCACUUGUACAUCAAUUUAUUGAUAAAAUUUGUUCAUUAACUGGAUCUUUUCAAGUUCAGUGCUCAUUUCUAGGAGGAAUAUUCGGCUUGUAUGACGAUGCACAUGUGUUUAUGAACAUAGAUACGGUCGACUUAAAUAUGUAA